CCUUUCGGGUAUCGAAGCCCUACACUUUCAUUGACUAUCUAGCUUCAAUUUCAUCGGACAUUCGGACGGGCGACGCGAAUGCUGACGGCCACCGGACGGGCGAUCAAUCAGCCGCGACUUGGCCAUAGCUAACCACCGCCGGCAGGUAACAGAGAGCCCUUCUGCGGUUUCUCUACUGCCGAUAAGUAACAAGGACUCCCAUGGGCGCCUCCGAGUCCCUCCUUUCCAAGCAACAGCAGCAACAACCGAUCGAUGAAAUCACCACCGUUUCUGAGAGGACCGAGAGCGUAGAUCCCCUUCUGGAUCGCGUCAGGGCCCUCAAGAUCGCGCCGCCGCUGCUUAACUCGCCGCCUCCGACGGAAUCCAGCUUAUCCGAUAUUCUUGUCAGGAGACCCUCGUCAUCGUCGUCCGCACCUAUUUCAGGUACUUUGAAUCCAAAGGUUCUGACGGAGCUCUUCUCUGUGUACCGUGAGUGGCAGGAAGAGAAGGCCAGUAAAAUCAGCAAGAAGCAGGAAGUGAUCGAAAACAAGAUUGAUACUGCAGAUGCUUUGGCAAUUAAGCUUCUUCAGCGCUUCAAUUAUUCAGUUUCCUCCAUGAGAUCAACUGCUAACAGUCUGGCUGAAGUGAAUCAAUUACAGGUAGAUGUUGGUGAACUCAAAGGCAGGCUUACUGAAGUGAUAAGCAAUUGUGACGCCCUAUGCAAGAGAAUUGCGACAGAAGGGCCUGAAUCGCUCAGGUCCUCUGUGAGUUCAUUCUCCACCAGCAACCUGGAAACACAGACCAAUUAUUCAUUGAGAAAGAGUUCUCAAACAACCGAGCAGCAGUUUGCCUUGGACUUUAUGAAACCUUCCUAAAAUUUUAACAUGUUCUUUGAUCAUACAGCUAGCUGGCAUUAUUGGAGACAUAAUGGAGUAUGCAUGCCACAUAUAUCAUGACAUUGUUGUCAUAAUGCAUAUUGAAUUCAUGCCAUAUCUAUAUUUAUGACUUCAUACCAAUAAAUCUGUGAAAAAUAUUUCAGAUUAUUGUACCAAACAUCACAUUUGAUGAUCUUAGAAUGAAAUUUUGUGAUAAAUAAACUCUUAAUAUGUGAUUCUAUUUAA